CCCCUCCCUCCCAGCAGAGUUAGCUUGGUGGGGAGACACAUACACCGAGCAGCAAAAUGGCCGACCGUCAACCAACUGACUUUAUAGCGCUUUAAAAACGAAGAGAUUCUGCAAAUUUGGUUUACAUUAUCUUUAAACAUACACAAAUCAGAGUUUUUAAAUUGUAUUUUUCUUCAUUCUGUAGUUAUUAGCAUUUUGGGGUAUACUGUUUUGCCUCGAAUGCCUCGAAAACCUAGAAUUUCGCACUGAAGCACUUUAUUUCAUAUGUAGCUAGCUAGCUAAUUCCUGAGAAAGGCGUAUCAGGAAAGGGAACAGCAGUUCAUGGAAGACAAGAAAAGGAAGAAAGAAGAAAAAAGGAAAAGGGAGAAUUCCCAGAAGGUCGCAGAACAAAAAAACAAAGUGCCAGAAUUGACCAAGCCUACGUCCUCCCAGUCUCCGGCCACCCCCAGCUCUGCGUCCCCCAACCCUGGCCCUGCCCCCUCCCCCUCCCCUGCCACCGCGGCUGCUGGGGCCCCCCCUCAGGGCGGGAACAAUGCUAAGCGGCCGGCGGUGGCCAACGGACAGCCCCCCUCCGGCGCCCCGGUCCCCCAGCGCUACAUGCCCCGCGAAGUGCCCCCGCGAUUCCGCUGCCAGCAGGACCACAAAGUGCUACUGAAGAGGGGCCAGCCGCCGCUGUCCUGCAUGCUGCUGGGCGGGGGCGGGGGAGGCACCCCUCUCCCGCAGGGGGACGCCCCCGGCGCCACAGCAGCUGCUGCCUCAGAUUCCAGUCCUGGGGCCCUGGGUUCGGCCGUCCCCUCACUGCCCCACUCCUCCUCCUCAUCAGUCGCUGCUUCUUCUACUACUACUUCUUCAAAUUAUGCAAAUUCCACGUGGGGGGCGAGCUCUGGCAGCCAGCCCCCCUCUCAGGGCUGGGAGAAGGUGAUAGUGGACGGGUCUGACCUGGAGGAGUGGCCCAGCAUCGCGGCGGGGGCGGGGGCUGGGGCCGGGGCGGGGGACGCGGCGGGUGGGACCCUGAGCAGCAGUGCCUCAUGGAGCGACAGGCAGCUCCAGCAGCAGCAGAAGGUGGUGGGGGCGGGAGCGGGGGCGGGGAAAGGGGGCGGUUCCGGCAGCCCCUCCCCGCCCUCUUCCUCCUGCUCGCCCAACGAAUGUACGCAGCCCGGCAGCGGCGUGUGGGGCUCCUCCUCCCAGGCCAGUGGCGGGGGGGGCGCGGCCGUGGCCCCCGCCCCUUCCAAAUCCAAAGCCGGCCCCCUCCCCGGCACUCCGGACGGUUCCGUCGCUGGCAGCGGAGGGAUCCCUGGUGCCAACUUCAACCCCAGCGCCAACCCUUCUGCCUGGCCCGCCCUGGUGCAGGAUGGGACAGCCGGGACGGGCGCGGCCAGGGCCGACAGCGCCACCCCCCCUCCCAUGCCCAACCCGUUGCUUCUGUCCGCCAACCCCUCCCUCAAUCAUCCCUCCCCAUCUGCCAAUCCCGCCGGUCAUCAGCACCUUCACCAAAUGCAAGCCAGGGAGAGGGAGAGCCUCUGCGGGGAGUGGCCCGGGGCGGGGCCUGAGCCAGGAACAGGACCAAAAAAAGCGGGGGCGGUGGCCGAGGAGGAGCCAGAGUGCGGGACGAGCGGAGGAGGCGACGGCCCAACCUCCUCUUCCUCCUCUACAGCUUCCUCCUCCUCGUGGAGAGCCCAGCCCUUCUCCUCCGAGCCCAAAGCGGUCUCCCCGAGGACUGACCCGUGGGAGGGCACAGCGGGAGCGGGCGUGGCCUCUGGGGAGGGAGGGGGUUCGUGGGCGUACGGAGGUCAGGAGGGGAAGGGGGCGGGGGGGAAAGCCUGGGGCGCAGGAAAUGGGGGCGGCAGUAAGGCCCCCGGGGUAUCUCAGGGAGCGUGGGGCGGGGCCGGCGGGGCGGAGCUUUCAGUCGGCGAGUGGGGUAAGAGCGCGGGCGGGGGGGCGGGGCCGAACAAUCCGGUAGGGGGAGGCGGCUGCAGCAGCACCAGCAGCAGCAGCGAGGGCAGCGUAGGGAACCCUCCCACCUCCUCCUCCCCAAAUUCAGCUUCUAUGACAAGAGCUUGGGACAAUCAGAAGGGUGCGGGAGACGGGGGUGCGGGGGAGACGGGCGAGUGGGGGGCCCAGGGGAAGGGCGGGACCUCGUCGUCCAGCGGCGGCGGACACUCCCGGGCCGGGAGCGGCGCCCACAAUCAGCACCACGGCCACGGCCACCACCGCGUCCACAUCCCCCCCAACCCCGAAGCGGCCUUACAGAACCUGCUCAGCCGGACCGACCUGGACCCCCGCGUGCUGUCCAACACCGGCUGGGGCCAGACCCAAAUCCGGCAGAACGUGGCCUGGGACCUGGAGGUUGGCGGGAGCGGCGGGGGCGGCGGCCCCUCCGCGGCGCCCAACACCGCGGGCCUCGCUCCUCCAUACUCUGCCGCCGCCGCCAGCCCGACAACUAGCGAUGCGUCGGCGCCUUCCCCCCUCCCCGGCGGCGGCCCGAAGGCGGGCCUGAGCUCGAGCGCAGCGGUGGGCGAAGGCUGGGACAGCGGCAGCGGCAGCAGCAGCAACAACAGCACCGCCUCUCUGUCCACCCGAGGCCCCGCCCCCUCCGGCCCCACCGCACGCGCCCCAGGGGCCCCGCAGCCCGGAGGAAACCCCGCCGGCCCCCAGGGGAAGAGCGCCGGGGGGUGGGGCCGGAGCAGUCCGCCCGAAAGCCAAGGGAAAGGCUGGGGCAGCGAGGGCCAGGACUGGAGGGAGAACAGAGGAGGAGGCGGAGGAGGGGGAGGAGGGGGAGGAGGAGGAGGAGGAGGAGGGUGGGGAGAUUUCGGUCAACAGGGUACCCCGGCUGGAGGCGGCAGCAGUGGCUGGGGAGGUCAGGAGGAGAAAGGGAUGGGAGGCUGGAAGGAGGUGGGGAGGGAUGGAGGAGGCUGGGGUCAGAGAGGAGGGGAGGAGGAGGAGGAGGAGGAGGGGGGCGGGGACUGGGGACGGGAAUCAAAGUCAGGAAGCGGGGGCUGGGGAAGGAAAGGGGGGGGGGGUGGGGGUGGGGGAGGGAGGGGUGCUGGCGGGGAUGCCGAGGUGGGAACGUGGGGCAGCUGGGACGAGGCCACGCCCCGGAGAGGCUGGGGAGGGGGCGGGGCAGGGGGGGACGCGGGGGGCAAAUCUCACCAGGGUUGGGGGGGUAAAGGGCACCAGUCACAGAUACCAAACAGCCAGUCGGCCAUGAUGAAGACGCCCGGGCAGCAGCCGCCGCAGCCCCAGCCAGUGGAGCCGGCGCCCCUGCAGGGCGGCUGGGGUAAACCCGCGGGUCUCGUCUCCCACAAUCAGAACCAAAGCUCAGGCUGGGCCCCGGGGCCCGCACCUCGCCUGCCCAGCGGCCCCACCGAAGGCCCGGAGCCCAGCGGCUGGGAGGAGCCGUCGCCGCAGUCCAUCAGCCGAAAGAUGGAGAUCGACGACGGGACCUCCGCCUGGGGCGACCCCAACCACUACAACUACAAGAGUGUCAACCUGUGGGACAAGAACGGCGCCCCCGCUGGGCAGCCGCCGCCACUGCACGCCCAGCCCCAGCCUCCGGCUCAGCCGCCGCAGCAGAAGCAGCAGCAGGGCCCUGGCCCUGGCCCCGCCCAGCAGCAGCAACAGCAGCCGCCGGGAAGGCCUGCCCAUCAGCACGUUCCCCCCGGCAACAGGGACAUGAACCCUGGACAUAUGCCUGCCAAGGCCUCUGGAAUGGUUUGGGGAGGCGGCGGUCCCCCCUCCAGCCCCUCCGUGGACAACGGCACGGCCGCCUGGGGGAAGCCCACCGAAGCACACAGCAGCUGGGGUGACCCGGAGGAUUCUGGGAAGGCCUCAGGCUGGGGGAACCUCUCCCCCAACCCAAUCAAAUCUGGCUCAAAGUCUAUGCAAGAGGGCUGGGGCGAGGGCGAGGGCUCUGUCAGUGCGUCCCGCCACUCCAGCUGGGAGGAGGAAGAGGAGGGGACCGGCGUGUGGAGCAGUGCGGGGUCCCAGGGUAGCAGCUCCUCCUACAACUCCGGGGGCUGGGGGCAGGGCCACGGGGCCAAGAAGGGCAGCAGCAAGGGUGCCCUGAAGGGCGGCGGCGGGGACUCCUGGAUGAACCCCAUGACCAGACAGUUCUCAAACAUGGGGCUCCUGGGCGAGGACCCCAGCGGGCGGCCCUUGGACCUGGCCCCGGGCCCCCCCCAGGACAAGAAGCUGGAGGGAGAGAAGCGAGGGAUGAGCUUGAGCGACUACAACGGAGAGAUACGCAAGGGCGGGAGAGGCGGAGCAGGAGGAGGGGGAACAGUCUUCCGUUCGCCCAGUUCCAAAGAAGUGGGGCCAGGCGAGCCUGGUCCUUACUAUGACAAGACGGGUGGUCACAGUGUGUUUGGUGGAAGUGGUGGGAUGGCCCAGUCUCGAGGGGUGCACCAGCCUGGUGUGCCGCCCAUUAACCCAUCCCCAGGGAUACGAGCGCAAGUGCCUCAUCAGUUCCUGUCACCUCAGCUGCCGAGCUCCAUGCUGAAGCAGAUGCCCCCUCCCAGCAGCAGUGUGGGGGGAGUGGGAGGGGUGGCAGGGGGGGUGUUCCCACCUCAGCUCUCUCCCCAGCACAUCGCCAUGCUCAGCAGCAUUUAUCCUCCUCACAUCCAAUUCCAGCUGGCCUGCCAGCUUCUCCUGCAGCAGCAGCAGCAGCAGCCCCAGCAGCAGCAGCAGCAGCAGCAGCAGCAGAUCCUGCAGAACCAGAGGAAGUUCCCCCAGAACAUACGACAGCAGCCAGACCCCCAGCAGCUGGCAAGAAUCAUGGCCGUCCUUCAGCAGCAGAGACAGCAGCAGCAGGGCGGGGGCGGGGGCGGCGGCGGGGGCUCCAAACUGUCCCCCUCUCACUUGGGAGGGGUCGCCCCCCCAAAACCGACCAUGGCCGAUCCCCUGUCUCACCCCGGCCUGGGGGGCACCCUGGCCGACCUGCAUUCGAAAACGCAGGGGGGCUACUCUGGGUUCGGCUCGGGGGUGAACCUGUCGGGGUUGGAGAUGGGCUCCAUGGUGGGCGGUCCCGGCGCGAUGAAGGACAGCGGGGGCCAGCAGUCCCGCUUCAAGUGGAUUAUGGAGGGGCACUCCCCCGCCCCCUCGCCUCCCGACAGCGUGCUUCACAAGAACGGCCCCAUCUCGGCUCCGGUGAAGCUGAGGGGAGGUUCCCCCUAUUCCCAGUACGAGCUGCUGGGGGGUGAGGGUUUGGGGGUCCCCCCUCAGGGUCCGUCUGAUAACUGGCAUCGAACCCCUGGAAACAAAAUGGGAACCAAAACUGGCUCCUCCAGCUGGCCGCCAGAGUUCCAGCCCGGAGUGCCCUGGAAGGGAAUUCAAAGUGCUGAUCCGGAAUCUGACCCCUACAUGACCCCAGGCAGUGUGUUGGGCUCCUCUGGGACGUCCGGCCUGAAUGACACCGAGCACCAGUUACUGAGAGACACAGAGUCUAACCCCUCCCUCAACACCUUGCUGCCUUCACCAGGUGCCUGGCCCUACAGUGCCUCAGACAGCCCCCUCAGCAAUGCACACACCUCGGCAAAGUACACUGAGUACAAACCCAGCUGGCCUCCCGAUCCCAUUGGACACAACAAGCCCUGGAAGGCCAAUCGGAACAGCUCGCAGAUGCCACGCCCACCUCCUGGACUUACACAUCAGAAGCAGCCCCCCCUCUCCUCUUGGGCGGGGGGAGGCCCGCGAUUGGCCAGGGGUUGGGGAGGGUCUGGCGGCAGCCAAGAAUCAAGAUACGGGCCAGGGUCUGCAUGGAGCGAUGCAGGAGCCCGGGGCAGCUGCUGGCUGGUACUGAGCAACCUCACUCCACAGAUUGACGGCUCCACGCUGCGCACGAUCUGCAUGCAGCACGGCCCCCUGCUGACCUUUCACCUCGGCCUGACCCAGGGCAGCGCCCUCAUCUGCUACAGCUCCCGACAGGAAGCGGCCAAGGCACAGAGCGCUCUGCACAUGUGCGUACUGGGCAACACCACGAUCCUGGCAGAGUUUGUGAGCGAGGAGGAAGUCGCUCGCUAUUUUGCACAUUCCCAGGCGGGAGGGAGCGGCAGCGGAGGCGGCGGCGGAGCGGUCCCCGGGUCCGGAGGAGGCCAGGGGCCCUCGGGGACGGGCGCGGUGGGGGCCAGCGGCGGAGGGAGCACCCCGGGGAGCGAGAGGGAGAGGGCGCCCGGGGCGGCGGGAGCGGCGGGCGGAGGAGGAACGGCGGGCGGAGGAAACGGCGGCGGGGCGGGGGCUAGCAUAGGAAGCGUGGGGCCUUCCGCCUCCGGCUGGCAGAGCUUGGACAGUUCGGGCAGCUCUCCGGACCCCUCCUCGGCCCAAGGACCAGGGCUGAGUAUUUUUGCCCAGUGGAGCAGCAACGGAGCUGGGGGAGGAGGAGUGAGUGGAGGUACAGGGGGUGUGGAGCCUGGCCGGCAGGGGCUGUGGGGUGCAAUGACCCCGGGGUACCCCAGCAGCAGCCUGUGGGGAGCCCCCACCAUGGAGGACAGGCACCAGAUGGGCAGCCCUGCAGCACUGCUACCUGGGGACCUGCUAGGUGGGGGAACCGACUCAAUCUGACUGACAGGCACACAACUACACUCACUGAUAGGCACACAAGAACUACAAUCACUGACAGGCACACAAAAACUACAAUCACUGACCGGCACACAAGAACUACACUCUCUAACAGAUACACAAGAACUACACUCACUGACAGACACCCAACAACUACACUCACUGUCGCUCACGGACUGACCUACUUGCGCAUGAAGAUGUAUGGUAUGCUGAUACAACACCGGUACACAAUAAUGCAAAUGCAGCAACAUGCACUCACAUGCCCUGACACACAUUUCAUAAACGCAGACAUACUUUUACAGCUGUGCAGAUGGUGAAAUGCACACACACACACACACACCUGCACACACACACGCACACACACAAGCAACCUUUCCCUUAAAUGAAGAUUUCAACAGCAAGACUUGAAUGAAAGAAAGAAAAAGCCAAUCAGAAUCAAAGACGGCGCUCAGCUGGGUGGCAUGACUUGCAUAGGGCAGAAAUGCUGAAAAAAAAGAAAAAACAAGCAGACCGAUAGAGACAUUUACACUUGGGCUCGCACUGUAAAAACACGCGGUGCGCAUCACGCGGGCGCCCUGCCUGAAGACAGGCAGCGUGCAGCACGUGAUCCGCCUGUUACAGCUCCUGCAGACAGAGGGGAAUCAGACACACACCUCCACACGCGCACACCGCUCCCGCAUACGACAAGCGAACUGCAUCUUAAUACCUAGAUUUUUUUGUUUGGGACAGUGGAAUCCAGAAAUGUAUUUUUCCUUCAAACGCUGACCUCAUUUUCUUUUGUGUUUCACCCCCCGCCCCAAAUCGAGUUCAUUGUUGUUAUGACUACAGUUAUUCGGUUGUACUGAGGCGUCCUCGUGUUUCCAUGCCGAUGAGAGGCUUAGUAAGGAGGAAGUCAAAUUGGAGUGUGUAUGUGCAGGGGAGGAGGCGAGACGGAGAUUAGCCGUUCAUACGUGAGGUGUGUGUUACUUCGUAUCUGUUUUGCUUAAGGAGGUGAAUGAGUGUGUGAGGUAGCGUAUAGCAGGUUUCGGAUGGUGUGCGCUCUGAAAGUGCGUUCAAAGUAUGUGUGUCGUAUGCAUGUUUAAGAACAUUGGCACUAAUUAAUAUUUUCUUUUACUUUUAAGAGAAUUUGUUUUUAUCAGCCUUUUUUGUUUUUGUUCUGUAUAUCUUCUGCAUUGCAAUAAUAAAAGAUUGUUUUUAAAGAUUCAACCGAGGGCAUACAUGUAGAGAGAGAUGCCAAAUCUAUCACACCAAGUUGAGCUGGACGGGUGCUUACAAACACCUAAAAAAAAGUUACGAUGUUUUAUUUUAUUGUUGAUGUUUCAUGUUUUAAAUUAAGACAGGCUUUAACACUCCUGUUCAGUUUUUUUUUUGUUUUUUUUUUUGUUUAAGAUUUUAGAGGAAAAGACAUUAAUUUAAAAAGAUGAGAACAAGAAGGAUAAUAAAGGUUGAAUUCUAUGUUGUGAUUGUUAUGUUGCAUUAGAUGUUAACAGGAUUUGUGUUUUGCGAUUAAAGCAGUUUUCUGUUCAUUUUCAGAGGUGCACCCCAUAUCCCCUACCCCCUACUCCCCGCCCCGCACAGACUUGCCACUCUUGCACACGUGUUGGUGGCUAUGCUUGCCGUCUGUCCGCUGCCACAGUAUAGACUCUCGUCUUACAUACUUGACCCUCGUCUUUCUUGCCUGUCCAAUUUGUCCUAUGCUUUAUCACCAUUCAAAACUGUUUCCACAUUCUAUAUUUGACCUUUGCCCCGGAGGUAUUUUAUAUCUGAUGAGCCACGGCUGAUUUACCCCCCCCUCGUCCCCUUACCAUUUCUUGACAGUUCGUACCAGGACUUUGGUGGAGGGGAUUCUAGCACUGCCUAUGUACACAUACACUACUAAAGGGUCAGUGACGGUGUCAGAUCACUUUGUAGAAAAUGGCCCAUUUUGGUAUUUCCAUAACAUUGUUAGCGCCAUCCUUCAAAGUGAGGCAUUGACUCGGUUAUUUGUCGCAGUCACUGAUACAGGGACUCCUUUCUUCUUUCUUUUUUGUUUUUAUUCCUCGCUGCAGCGGCCUUCAAGUGUCUGGUGGGCUACAGUACACUAUCUUGCCUCGUUUUAACCGUUCUCUCUCUCCUGCUUCAAGCCUGUGUUGAGAAGGGCCGCUUGCUGGUUCUGCGAAGCGCAGAAUGUGUUCAUUCUGUCCAUCACAACUUUGGAUGUAACCCGAAGUCCACUGUUGCUUCCCUCCUCUCCCCUCCCCUCCCCUCUUGUCCCCUCCCCCCCCCCCGGAACAGUACUGGGGACCAUGGUUUCAAGUGUUGAGUCUGAAAGAUGGUACAUUUUUUGCUGUGGUCAGCAUUUACAGUGCACUAACCAAGACACUCUGUACUGUAAUAAUCAGGUUUAGGCAGCCGCAAGCUCUUCUGGUUCGUGGCGUUGGCUGCGCGACUGUGUUAAACAACCAGUUUCCACUCUCCAUUCCAUUCACUCAGGAGAUGAGCUGGGCCUGACGAGCACUGCAAGUGACAGGGCCCUGCAACUCAGAGCUGCUGGAAUGGAGUGGGGCUGGGGUAGUAUAGCGUGGAACUGAAGCUUGUACAGGAGAUGGGCCUGCCUAGCUUUACAUUUCUAACAGCUGGAACUUAUUGGCCGAACUUCAGUUUUUGAUAUUGACAUUUACGACAUUUUCUACAUUUUAUUUCCAUUAAGCUGUUUUUUUGUUUUGUUUUGCUUGUCAGGGAUUAGUUUACAGUUGCAUAAAUAUACACACGGACAACAUACUAAAGUAACUACUGGAGUUUCUCCUCAGUGUGUGAGGCUUAAUUUUUUUUUUAUUAAACUGAGGGACAUUUUUGUCAAGGCUGUGUAAUUAUAUAUGUACAAUGUAAUGUAAACAAAAUGAAUACUUUGGGGGGUGAGGAUGGGAGUGCAGUGCAGACCCCAGUCUCCCCAUUCCAAAUCUUAAAUAAAGAGCUUGUUUUCA